UCGUGUUUAGAGAUGGCGGCAAACAAGGAAGCCAUAGCUAUUGUGCUGGAUGUGGGCCCCUCAAUGAAUCAGGCACCGCCGGGGGAGGUGUCCGCGCUGCAGACGGCCAUCGAUGCCAUCACCAUGAUCCUCCAGAGGAAGAUGUUCUCCGAGUCUAAGGAUGAGGUGGCUCUGGUUCUGUUUGGUACUGAUGGCACGGACAACCCCCUGGCUGAUGGAGAUAGCUACCAAAACAUCACCAUCGCCAGACCUAUUGGGGUCGCGGACUUUGACCUGCUCCAGCAGGUGAAGGAUGAGAUUCAGCCCUCGGACACAGCAGCCGACUUCCUGGAUGCACUGGUUGUUGCCAUGGAUCAUCUUGUCCAGGGAAUACAAGGUAAGAGAGGGUUUGCCUCGAAGCGUGUCAUCCUGCUGUCGGACCUGGGGGGAGAGUUCGGAGAUGAUCAACUGGACACCAUUAUUGGCGCCCUCCACAACUCGGGGACGAAUCUCGAUGUCAUUGGCCCCAACAUUGAGGAUGAUGAGGAUGAGGAAGGGGGAGGAGAUGCAGGGGGGGCAUCGGUCAACGGUCAUCGCAAGGAAAAGACCCCUCAGCAGCGAGCAGGGGAAGCUAUGGUCAAACAUAUUCUGGACCAAGUGGAGGGAGAAUGCUAUUCGUUCAGUGAAGCGCUGCCUGCCCUGAGUUAUUUCACCGCUCGCCAGGUCCGCCCGACAGCAUGGAAAUGUACAAUGGAUAUUGGGCCUGAUCUCCGCAUACCGAUUAACUUUUACGGAAAAAUAAAAGACUUCAAGUUGAAGCAGAGCUGGAAGAAGGUGUAUGCAAAGGAUCCUGACCAAAAGGUGGGCAACUUGCGGACACAGCACAUGAACGACGAGGAGGAGACAGAGAUGGAGAAAGAGGACAUCGUGCAGGGUUAUCGCUAUGGUAACACAUUAGUGCCAAUGUCUGAAGAUGACAAAGAAAACAUGAAGUACAGAGCGGAGAAAUGUCUGAAGGUUCUUGGCUUUACAAAAAGUGAAAAUGUAAGACGCCAUCACUUCCUCGGAGAUGGGACAAAUGUUGUUUUUGCAGAGAAAGGUGAUGAGGCUGCUGGGGUCGCUCUCUCUGCCAUGAUCAACGCCCUCUAUGAGACAAACAUGGUGGUCAUCGCUCGAAGAGUCUACUCCAGUGCCUCAGGACCUAAACUUGGAGUUCUCUGGCCUUCCAUCAAGGCCAAUUAUGAGUGUUUGUAUUGGGCGGAAAUCCCUUUUGCCGAGGACCUACGUCAGUUUACCUUUGGAACUCUGCCCAUCACUGAUGAGGGUGAAACCAACAAGAAAUACAAACCCACUGCUGAGCAACUCACUGCGGUGGAUGAACUCAUCACAUCCAUGGACCUGAGCCAGGCUGCAGGAGAUGAUGACGACGAAGAAGAAAAGACAGAAGUGCUGAAGCCCAAACUGACCUUUAACCCCUACUUUCAGAGAUUAUACCAGUGCCUACAACACAGAGCGGAGAACACUGACGAGGGAUUACCAGAGUUAUCUCCCAUUAUUGCAAGCUAUCUCAAACCACCACAAGAAAUUAUCACAAACUGCGAGGAACAUGUGGAGAAAAUUAAAAAGCUAUUUAAACUAGAAAUGGUAACUAAGAAGAAAGAAGAACAAACUGGAGAAACCAUGUUUAAGGAUAAUGAGGCGGAGGCUGGGUCUGCUCCCAAACGACAAAAGCUGGAUGACAACCUGGAAGGAGGGAUGCAGGACAUCACUCGGGCAAAGGUCACGCAGGUUGGGACGGUGACGCCGACAGCCGACUUCCAGGCCCUCAUCACCAGGAAGGACGAAGACAUGUUUGAAGAAGCUUGCAAACAGAUGCAGAAGAGAGUGGAGCAGAUAGUGACGGACUCAUUUGGCACCCAGUUCUACGGCAAGGCCAUGGAGUGUUUGAAGGCACUCAGACAGGAGUGUAUCAAGAAACAAGAAGCAAAGGUGUACAAUGACUUCAUGACCAAAUACAAGGACAAGCUCAUUGGAAAAGGAAAGAGAGAUUUCUGGGAUCAAAUAGUUCAAGAUAAGCAGGCUCUGAUCACCAAGAUGGAGUGUGAAGAUGGCGGAGUGUCCAAGGAGGAGGCAAACAAGUUUGUGGAGGAGGAGGUGAAAGAUGAGCCAGCUCCAGCAGCCGAUGCAGAAACAACUGACGACCUGAUGGAUCAGUUGGAGUAGGCCGGGCAACACUAACCAUAUACUACCAGGGCAACAACUGAUUGUGUUGAAGGCAAAUACCUAGGUGGGAUUCAAGAGGCAGCUCAACGAUUGUCAACAAAGGCCAAGGUUCUGUUCAUAGCUCAGCUUUUGGUCAUGAACAAAUCUGUGCAAAGUGCUUUAUAGAUCAUCGAAAUGUAAAUAAUCAUUUAUCUCGUCUUAUUGACAACAUUUUUGGUCAGCUAAAAAUGAUCUCUUACAGGUAAGCUGCUACUUGGAGUUAAGCAUUCAUCAUAUAUCAUGUGUUCAUGUAGCCAACAGGAUGUGUGUCGUAGGAGAAUCACUCGUCUCACAUAUUUGCAGGAUGGCAAUCUCUUCGGAUGCUUUACUCUGAUUCGAAGGAUUUUCUAAUCAUCCUGUCAGUGUGGAGACUUCUAAAUCUUCCACAUGUGAGAGCGAAGCAUUUAGAGCAGCACAUCUCAUUUCUGUAUCUAGACAAACAAUGUAAAUGGGCAGUUCUGAAUGGAGAAUAAAAAUGGGUGUGCUUUCUUGUGGAUUUUUACCCCUUGUCAUUUCAGUCUUAUAUUAUAAUCAAUGAUGUUAGAAGUUCUUGCUGAGGGUUAAUUUCUGCUGCAUCUAACAUUAGUUGCCCUAAAACUGCUGUCCCAGGCUGACAAUUCAGCUUCUCUUUUUAGAAAGCUGACGUCUGACGUAUGUAAACACUCGAGAGUCUGUAAGUCCUGCUCUCUCGUGUUUACAUUUACAACUGAAACCUCGGAGGCGUGUUUUCUCCUAUAUUUAAGGGGCGGUCAGGUAGCCUAGUGGUUAAAGCGUUCGCUCGUCACACUGAAGACCCGGGUUCGAUUCCCGACAUGGGUACGAUGUGUGAAGCCCAUUUCUGGUGUCCCCCGCCGUGAUAUUGCUGGAAUAUUGCUAAAAGUGGCGUAAAACCAUAUUCACUCACUCCUAUAUUUAAAUGACUUUGGCAAGAUGAAUAACAUAUUUUUAGUAGAUUUUCAUGAUUUUAUGCUGUCUGAUGGUCUGUAUUCAGAAUAUUUAACUUUUUCUAAGAUCAGUAUUUUUACGCUCUGUGCGAGUGAUGGUUGCCGUUUCUGAAAAUCAAUCUCACAAACUUGUUUAACUACAGUUUCAGGUCAACUUUUACUUGACUUAAUUUCAUGGCUAAACAAUAACUAUUGUGUAAUUAAAAACUCCAACUGUCCCAUUUAAUUGUCCUUUGUCCUCUUGUAAUCUUUUGUAUAUUUAAGGGCUUUACACGGAUGCUGUGCUUCAGUAAUAAUUUCCCGCAUUGGUCUGGCCUAAUUUAUUAAUAUACAAUAAAUCCCAACAUGAUACUGUUACUAGUACUGUCACUGCCAGGUCAACCAUGAUGUUUUAGAUAUGGUAGGUGUCUAUUUCCAAUUUAGAAGCAUGUGCAUAUGUGUCCACAGUAAAAAUCAAAACACAAAGUGAAGCAAAAGGAUGAUUAAGAGGAAAAUUAUUCAAAACUUGAGUUGUUCGUAACAACACAAUUUAGUAAAACUUUCACCUGUAACCCCUCGAAUUUAAAAAAAAUGAAAACUCCUGGCCAGAGGUAUUAAUAAAUCAUUUAUGUGUGGUUAGAGUCACAGGCAAAACUCGAAGCUGUGGUUUAUUAACAUGUUUAUGUUCAAUACAAAUACCAGCAGACUUAUUUUAAGCUGCAUUGAUGUUUGAGAGACAACGGUCCAGGACAUGAUCGCCAUCUUGAUGCUGAGCCGGGCCUUGUUCAACAACCACAUCUUUGCCCAUGAAUGAUCGUGACUCCCAUAUCCUUAGAUAGACUUAGGAAAGUUGUAGAACUAAGAUCCCUUUGUGGAAGAAAAGCCUGGACUCUUGUCCACUCCAUUUAUUCCUCGUACACUGGUCACAUGGACAGUCAACCAUUUUUUAAGCAAUUUUAUAUGUACAAUGUAUUAUUGACAAGGGAACAUGGUUUCGAAAAAAUACUCUUUGUAUCUUUUCGUCAAAUGUAUCAAACUGGUAGUAAUUGCAAAUUGGACCAGCUCUUGUUUCUGACUAUCGGUUGAACAUGGAGAUGGUAAAGAUUCAUUUGCUUUUUUUGUCUAGAAUUUUCCAAAACAUUACACAUGGACCACCGACUGGAUAGCUCAAAAGAGCAUCUAAUGUGUCUGCUCGCUAUGAAAAUAAAUGUGUUUUUUGGUAUGAA